UAUCCCUCAUACAGUUCCAAAAAAGUUUCAAUGUUGUUUAUGUUCCAUUUAUCAUACUUUUUUACCUUUUUUCCUUCCUUCUUGACAGUCUCCUUUCCUAUCACGGGUUUAUCACUUUCAUUGUUCUCGUUGGUAUCAGCCAUGACAACUCAGUAACCACUACAACUAUAACAAAUAUACAAAUUAACCUUAAACUCAAAUGUACAGAGCACACCGGAACACGACUAAACACUCACUUUACUUGCUUACAAGUCGGAGUGGUCUGCAAGUCACGUGUUUACACAGGCAAGUGGAGCCGGCGUGCAAGUAGAACUGACGCGCAAGUUGUUACUUGCGCCGGUAAUAUUUGUCAGAACAAAUAUUACCGGCGCAAGUAAACAAUGCAUGCAAGUCAGCCCUGCAAGUUUAACUUUUGUGCAUGUUAGUGUUUACAUUUGCAAGUUUUCUUGCAAGUAAAACUUGCGCAAGCGCUACAUGCUAGUGUAAACGGGGCUUACGCUUCCAUUUAAACUACAAGUAUGUUGAGUCGCGCAGCACGUCGCGCGGCUCAAGUCGCGCGGCAUGUCGCGUCCAUGUGUACGAGGCCUUAAGCCCCCCACACACCUUCGAACAUUUCACCCAACCUGACCUGGCGUCGUACCCAACGCCCAACCUGUCAAGUUAGACGUUUACCCCCACACUGUCGAACGUGCGAUCGAGCAGGUUGGGUGUCUUGUCAGUUGUAUUAUGGAUUUCGAGACAAGUGUAGCUGUUUGUGCUGGCGCUUUUUGUCUGAAACGACAAAAGAAGAAAAAAGAUCGACGCUUGUGGUCUAAAAAAUGGUUUUUGGACCGGAGUAAGUUUAGCCAUAUGUCGCUUCUUGCUGAACUUGCCAUUAGUGAGCCUCAAGACUUCAAAAAUUAUCUAAGGAUGAGCGAGGAAAGCUUUGAAUAUCUAUUCGGAAGACUGUGUGAGCACAUAGAAAAAGAAGAUAGCCUUUUGAGAACCUCAAUUCCUGCAAAAGAACGUCUUGCAGCCACUCUCCAGUUUCUAGCCAGUGGUAGGAGCUACGAGAAUCUGAAGUUUAGUUGUGCAAUAUCUCCGCAAGCACUAGGAAAAAUCAUACCAGAAACUUGUGCAGCUAUUUUUGAUGUUCUAAAGGAAGAUUUCUUAAAGUUUCCUUGCAAUGAAUCGGACUGGAUGAACAUAGCUGUGGACUUCAAAAAGUACUGGCAAGUUGAAAACUGUGUCGGCGCUAUAGACGGAAAACACAUAGCGAUUCGUCAACCUCCGAAAAGUGGGUCAUACUACUACAACUACAAAGGGUUCCACAGCAUUGUUCUUUUUGCUGUGGUCAAUGCUAAUUAUGAAUUCAUCUAUGUAAAUUGUGGUACUAAUGGAAGAGUAUCCGAUGGUGGCGUACUUAUGGAAACUGAUUUUGGAGAGUUGCUGGAAAAUAAGGAAUUGCACUUGCCGUCACCAACAAGCUUCGAUGACAGGAGAGACGUUUGCCUCCCUUUUACAUUCCUUGGAGAUGAAGCUUUUCCUCUGAAGGAAAAUCUUAUGAAGCCCUAUCCAAACAAAGGAAUCACCCACGACGAAAAGAUUUUCAACUAUCGGAUGUGCCGUGCUAGGAGAGUGGUGGAGAAUGCGUUUGGCAUCUUAGCGACUCGAUUUAGAGUCCUUCUUUCGACAAUGAAUGUUAGUGUAGAGAGGGCAGAAAUCAUUGUUUUGGCGUGUUGUACUUUACAUAAUUUUCUACGCCAGAAAAGUCCAACCUACCUAACUCAAAGUAGUGUGGAUUGGGAGGACACUUCAGCAGGCCAGUUAAAUGAGGGUGAGUGGAGGCAGAACACGCAAGAACUUCUUGGGUUUAAAAGAAUGAGGCGGGAUGGCAGAGAACAAUCAAUUGCCAAUGCAGUUCGAGGUUGGUAUAAAAGUUUCUAUAACAACGAAGGAAGUGUUGAUUUCCAAGAAAAAAUGAUUAAUAAGCGUUGACAGUUCGGUAUUGAGUGUAAACAAGUGCGAUGAUAUAGUUAACAACAACAAAAAUUAUAAAAUAUGUUGAUUUUGCUAUGUAGUCCUAUCUUUUUCAAUUUGAUAACUAAAUAUUGGUGAACUUUGUACAUUUUUUCUAAUUCGUUUAGAUACCAUAACUGUGUCUUAUUUAUAUUUUAAUUCGCUAACUUUGGAAAAAAGCAAUGUUGUAGUUUAUUUAAUUAUAUUGAACUUAGAAAAAAACUAAAGUGUAUUUGUUUUCCCUUUAACGUAUGCCUAAAUAUUACUGUAUUGCAAUUAUAUAUUGCAAUUUUGAUUAAUAUAUUCAUUCUUGAAAUUUAACUUUUAUUAUGUAAACUUAUUAGAUAAAAAAUUAACUUAUAUUACCCUUCAAACAUGUGCCAAAGAGCUUUUUGUCACCCACGAUAUUUUUAAUAUUGAGGUAUGUUACUCUGAAGACAGUUCUAAGUAAAAAUAAAUAGGAAGGUAGAUAGAAGUAAAACCAAAACAGAUGAAAUUCCUAGGAAAUAUACGCGUUUAUUCAUCACCAUGAGCAAUGCUCAAGGCUACACCUCUGUGGGGUUAAGUUAAAUGACUGAAUAUCUAUAAAUGUUAGAAAACUUGCACAACAUUAACACGCAAAGGAUAUGAGUUUUAUCCUAAUUAUUUAUUAUUAUUUAUUUAUCAUAAUUAUUAAAUAGUUUUUAUCUUGGGGGCAAAAUUAUAGUCUAUUGCAACGUACUACGAAAUUAAGGAAUAAAGUUGAAUUUUUCAAACAUCAUUGACAUAAUGUUAUACUGUUUAUAUAUAUAAAUUAGUUUUGUGCUGUUUUUAACUUUAAUAUAAUUUAUUGUAAUCUAACUUAACCGUACGAGGUGUUGUCCAAAUAAUGACCUAGCGCUCAAUCCUAAGUAAAAAUAAGGAAAGUAAUAACAGUAAAUUGGUAACAAUUAAACUGACACUUACUUUGGUUAUUUCGUCCUGCGUUUCCGCUUCCACGUCGUCCACUCCUUCUUCAUCUUCUUCAAGGGACGCAAUACUUCUGGAUCUUUUGCCGAUCGAAGA